UUAAACAUUGUAAGGAUUCAUUGUAGUCCAGGUCAUUGGCCAAUAUCACUCCUUGUACACAAAUUACAAUGACAAAGCAAAGAACAGAGCACAAUCUAGUCCACUCACAUUUAAAUAAGUGGCAAGGUGACGAAUAGAAACGAAACCCAAGGAGACGCCAUUACUAAUAUCAUGUAUAAUUACAUGCUGAUAAACCUGUGUAUAUGACCGAUUGCUAUCUGCGACAGGUUGACGAUUCGAUUAAAGUUCACGCUUUACACAAAGUCGAAUUACUGAUCUAAAACAGCGGCAUGAUGCAGGAUGAAAUGAAAUUUCUUAUCAUGGUGACUAGACAACGAAGAAUUCGACCGACAGCAAUAAUGAAAUUUAUCGUAAAAGGCCUGCUGUAAACACGGCAGAAGAAAUGAACCGCGACGAUCCUGUGGAUAAAUGUCUUUCAUGAAUUCAACGUAACCUAGGAAAUAAGCAUCAAAUUAAUUUCUCAUUUGGUGCAGUUAUGACCAGAAAAAAAAAUCAGGAAAUAAGCAAUGCAAUGACAAUGAAGGAUCGCAACGUUCUUAUGUGCUGGAAACAAAAGGUAUUGCCACUUCUAAUCCUAACACUGACUUCAAAGACUCUGGAGUGGUAUCACAAUGGAGAACGGAAAAGUCAUUAAAAGACGUAUCCAAGCGUAUCUGUGGGAAUUUCUUGUGGGAUUGCUGGAAGACGAGGAGUGCGUGCCUUUUAUAAACUGGACAAAUAAAUUUGAGAGAGAGUUUGUGGUUCAGGAUCCUGACGAGGUCGCAAGUCUUUGGGGGAUGUUGAAAAAUCGCCCUAACAUGAACAAGACAAAGUUAAGACGCGCUAUAAGACAGUACUACAAGCGAGACUUAAUAAUGAAGGUCAAAGGAAGAGUUGGUGUGUACAAAUUUCUACAUCUGCCUUAUGAUCCAAUCGGCCUGAACGCAGGUAGACAGAAACCAGAGUACUACGUGGAAGCCGAAAGCUGCAGCAGUCCCGAGGUUGAAGUGAACGACGACAGUGGCGAGGAAGACCGGCUGAAUAACGCAACAUCCUAACAACAAGUUGCUGAAAAACGUUUGCUUCGGAUAACAAUCGAAGAUAAAACUACAAACUAUAACCUCGACCAAGGCAUUUAUAACAUCGUGCUACAGAGAGCCUUCACUCUAAGUUACGCAAAACCUGCUUAGCUUAAACCGUACAUUAAUCGUUCGUAAAUGUUAUGAAUAUGUUAUAAUAGUUUGGUUAAUGCACUAUUAAGCUAAAUGGGCUUUUGUACAAGCAGCCCUUGGUCACAUGCAAGCGAGAUUUGUAAAUUUCCGUAAUGUUUUUUGUCGACAGCUGACAAUCAAAAAUCGUUCAUGAGCCGACAUCCUUCCGUUAGUGCUGGCCGAUUUUAGCAGCUUCACGAAAUCAUCUCACGAAUUAAGAGUGAUAUUUUGCUUAUUAAUAAAAUAUGUAUAAAUAUAUGUAGAA